UGCCUGGUGCUGGCUGUCAUCAUGGUGCUCAUUGGCUCCAGCUUUCAGAGGCUGUGCGAGGUGUUGGAGGGUUUUGGUCAGAAGGCAGAAACACAAAGCCCACCAGGGGUACAGAGUGUCGACCUGAGACACAUCAGCCUUGAGCUGGAUGGCCAACUGGAGCAGAUUGAGAGCUCCCUGUGGGACAACUGGUUCUGGAACCUGAUCCUGGAUGAUGAUACUACUGAAGAUGAAGAAGAGAGCGAGGAAGAGGAGGAAGAAGAGGAGGAAGAAAGCUCAAGGAGGGAGGCAGAGGAGACAGGUGCCCAGGAGGGACUGGGGGGGUACAGACACAGGAAGUCAAGCAAGAAAAACUUCCUAAUUCAAAGAAAGGAGAAGAUGAGAGGAAGAUCAGAGAAGACAGCAAGGUGGGAGAAGAAUGAGGAGCUCAGUGAAUUGACAAGAGAGCAUAAGGUGAGGGAAAAGAAGGUAAGAUUGCAGAGAUCUGAGGAAGAUGAAGACCUUGGAGAGGAUGAGGAAGAAUCACCCAAAGGGAAGAGGCAGAGUGCAGAGGCAGAGAGAUGGCAGAAGCGAAAGAAACAGCUGCUGCAGGUGAAGAAGGUGCCCAUUAGAGGCCACAGACACAACCUGUGAGAGACGUCCAGGAAGAGCAUCACACUAUCAUCUCCGUCUGACAUUCAGCUGCAACCCUGGUACCCGAUGUCUCCUCUGUCCUGCCCUCGUACCAACCCUGAACACCACCAGGCUGCACGUCAUCACAUUAGACUAGAGAGGAGGAGCCCAAACUCAAGGGCUGCAUCUACACUUAUUUGGUCAUCAUUCUGCACAAGACCGGUCUAAUGUUGGAUGAAAUAACAGAACAAAAGCUUAGCGUCAUAACAAACUACUAAACUGUUCAGUGUUGAACUUAG